GAAAAUUGGCUGUCAUAGUAUUCCCCAGUUAAACCCAGUCCGUUUCUGUUCAAUUUCCAUUUCCGCCAAACAACCACAUCUCGCAACAGUACAGUACUGCAUGCAAGUCAAUCAAUCAAUGCUUGGCCUUGGCGCCACGCUUCUUGGCCACCUUGGGUUUCUUUGGCUUUUUGGGAGGUAGCACCUUGAGCUGGCCUCGUAAGCAGCGAUCCGCCCCUUUAAUGUCCGGCCUCACCAGAAAACAGUCAUCACAUAGACUCUUGCGCUCUGUCGACCCCUCUGUUUCGGCAGGUAAGAACCACCCCGUUUGCCAGCAUUCUUCGCCACACACGGAGCACGGCAAUUUGGUUGCCUCUUCUUCGCCUUCUGCACCGGCAUCCUUGGGAGCCCCUUCUUUGGGUUUCUCCUCCUCUGCCGUCGGCUCUUCUGCGGGAACAGUAGCUGGCGUCUCGUCGUCUGAUGAUCCCAUUUCUAAAUUGAUUACGGGUGGGGGUAGCGGUGCAAGUACGAUGUCUUCUGAUGUUACUUGUUGAACAGUAUGGGCCAUGGUGGUUGCUGCCAAGCUGCCAACAGGAAGACAGUCUUGCAGUUAAGGUAGAUGCGGUAAAUUCAGAUUUGUUUGUACCAUAUGUUGAUCAGUAUAAAAUAACUUGAACUCUAAGUUACCUGAACUACCUUACAAUUCUGUCUUUCAGUACCCGCGGUUGAGUUUGAGCGAACCGUCGUGGUUGCGCGCAGAUCGCGCAGAGUACACCUCCAAAACAAAACAGCGCAACUGGCUUAUUGUUUUUGGUUUCAACAACGGCUAGUUCAACCGUGCUUUGAUUGCAGGGCGACCGUUUGCGGAACACCUACAAAGCCAGCAGCGUCCUGAUUUGAGCUCUGAUUUUUUGGUCCUUCUGACCAACCCAUCCCCUCCUCCUUCUCUUUCGCUAACCAUGGUAUCCAAACCAAGACCAGUUGACCGAAGCACGGUGCCGUCACCUAAGGAGACGAACGGUGCACUCUACGAGCGCUUUGUUGCAAUGAUGAACAACCGAGAACCACCGUUCUUUCUGCCGGACAAAGAGAUGUACAUGUACAUCGGGCAGCCAAUUUCGUUUCGAGCCUGCACUUCAAUUCUGACAAAGGCUCGACCUAAAUCCAUUACCAUAAUCCCACCUCAAAAGGCCGGUCGAAGGCUCGAACGCAUUGUCUCAAACAUCAACGAUCCAUCCAAACCAACAAGAGGCGAUCCUGGCAUCAAGCUCUUUGAUAUGUCCCCAAAAUUCCUCACAAUCCAGUGUGGCUACAAGCCGGACCACGAGGGGAUCGCAGAAUGUCGAAAAAACUUAUUGAGCUUGAUCAAUCGGACAACACAAGGUCUGGUACUGUGGGAGAAUGCCGAGGGUUGGGAUAUCCUCAAGUUUGGAUCGAAGAUGAAUCAAAUUCUUGUUGGAAAGAGUGACAGUCGCCUCUCUUUGGUUUGCAUGGAGAAUGGAUUAUACUGGAUGUCCUACCUUUUAGCCACAGAGGCCAAAGCUUUGCGUCUCAUUAGAAAUUUGCAGGAGCCAACACCGACCAACCUCAAGAUGGCCUUCGAUAAAGCUGCGCUAAUUGGACGAACGAAGUAUGGUACCGAUGUUCAAGGAGAGUGUUUUUACCCUUUGGCCGAUGCGAUUGGUCGAGCUACGCUUCCAAUAGCCAUUCGCGUCCAACGGAGCUACCUCGUCUCGACCGCUCCUCGCGUCAAGAAAUGUCCAAUUGCUCCCGCGUUCGCAACGUCCCGAGUGACUGUGCUGCCCGCUCCUGCGAUCAGCGACACGAGCGCAGCCCUACUGAACGUUCUCUUGACUCAACGCCAGAAGGAGUUUGACGCGUUCAAAAGCUUUUCGGUUGCAGUUGGAUUUAAGAUCAAGAGAUCAACGAAUUUGAUUACGGGAAUUUUUAAGCUGAUCGGGACAAUGCAGAAGUUGUUUCGGGACCAGUCCAAUCUAGGGUGGGAGGAAUUGGCCUUGAUCCAGGAAGAUCGACAACAAAUAAUGAUUGAUCUCCUGGAAUUGGCUCAAACACCAGCCCAAGCUUUUCCUUCCACGCCUCCCGCAUCAUCACCUCUAGCCAGACGAUUGAAACUAUUGAAACUUGCAUCGGCGUCUAGGGCUACCAGGUUUCGUGCUUCUACCAGGCUUCUGCGUGCUGUUGACUUGGGCUUGAUUGAACAAAACGCCACUCUACAGAUGUUCCAAGACUUUUGCAAGAAAGGCCAGCAUAUGAUUCGAGCUUUUGCCGAUGAAGGGUACAAGAAAUUGUGUGCUGUCAUCCAAAAUUCGAACAAGUUGGCGGACAUGUUAGUUGGCCUGGCUGGGCAGGAGGAACCCUCCCCAGCCUUUCUGCAAACCCUUGAAUUGACAAUGCCUAAACAGCCGUAUCUACAGAAACAACUUGCAACCUACACCAAGAAAGUCGGUUCAGUGAUUGAUGUCUUCUACGAGAAAGGAUGCACGGCGCUUGAUGCCAUGAGCAACAAUCUUGGCAAGCUAGCUGAUCUUAGCCUUUCCUUGACCGACCAGUAUAGAACCCUGUCCCGGCAGAACUCCCCGGCCUUUCGUCAAACCCUUGAAGCUUUUCAUUUGACUCUGGCGGACCAACGAAAGGCUCGGCAAACGUUUGAUAAAGACUGGGUUGUCCAUGCAAGAAGGAUUGCUAGCCAUACUUAG